CAAGAAGUUUCACAGAAAAUCAGUUUCUCUGGUUUAUCAUUUAAGACCUAAGGGCCCUUUUGUCACAUUUAGUUAUGUAUUAAAACACCACUAUUUAGAGAUAAUUGUUCAUUUUUCUCCUGUUCCGAUUCCGAAUUCAUUGGUGACUACUAAUUAUUAUGCGAUGGUGUUGUGAUGCCUUUCCAGGAGAUUAUGAAAUUAUAAAGGAAAUGUUAUAUUAAUGUGGUUUAAAGAUAGGUUUUAUUCUGUCUGUAGCAUAAGGGUUUUAUCUGUUACCUAUAGCCACAAAAAAAAAAAAAAAGUUAAACACUUUUGAUAAAUUGAAUCUUGACGCAUGCGCAUUUUACGACAGAUUUGACGUGUUUACGAUACAACCUGGGGCGCUGUUUACAACCGAGCUGUAUAGUCACAAAUGGGUCAUGCUGCAAAUUGAACAAUGGUGCGUAUAUGUGCUUUUCCUGGAUGCUUCAACAGACAGAAAGCUGUGAGGUUGCGUCCUCGGCCGUUGUCGCCAGAGGAAAGGCUGACUUUUCACAGAUUCCCACUAAAUGAUCCGCAGCGCCUGAAGCUAUGGCUGCUCGCGGUUCACCGGGACACUAGUUUACCCGUUCAGUCUCUGGAAGUUUUGAGGCUAUGCAGUCAACAUUUUUCACGAGACGAUUUCAGAUCAGAUGAGGGAAAUGUACGACGAUAUCUAAAGUCAACAGCCGUCCCUAUGUGGUUAUUUAAAACGGAGGAGGCUGAAGAUGAAGAGACUGUUGCUGUUGUAUCAGAGAAGAGUGUGAAGACUGGGGAGAAAGGCACUACACCAGCACCACCUCAAAUAAAACUAGAAUCUAGAAGUGCUGCUCUUGGUAAUGCCCCAGUUGGUAAGAAGGCUUUGAUUUUGCUAAUAAAUUGUUUCAGAGAGCCAGGCAUUUGAUGUAAUGUUUGCAUUACAGAAAGUGAGCAAAGACUGCUCUCUUUGUGAUGAAUGAAGCUGUGCAUGAGUUCUGAAUUUUUGUGAAAAUUCCAGUUCUAAUCAAAAAAUGAUUAUGAUUACACUGUACAACGAAUAUCUUGUUUACAUGGUAUCUACAAUUUGUUGCUGUAAUGAGGAUUCGCUAAAAUAGAUCCUCACUAAUUGUGAUGUUAUACAAUAUGUUUCUGAAACAAAUGUUCUAUUUUUUUCUCAUCUAAAAUAUUUGGAAGAGGAGGAAGCCAAAGCACAGAGUAAUGGGGUGAAGAAAUGAACCACUCAUGCUGGAACAUCUUUUAAUAUAUAGCCUAUAUUUAUUUUUAUUAUUAUUUUUUUAUAUUUUCUCCAAUUAAUGUAGUAGUAAAAGCUGAUGAAUACAUACGCAAGUCAUAGCUGUUCUGUUGUAACAUAAUGUAUGCCACACAUGUAACUGCUACUACUGUGUUUUUGUCUUUGUGUUGUUUUAUUAAUACUGAGGUCAUGAAUUAUAUUUUUCACAAAAUUCAGAGAGAGAGAGAAAAAUAUAUUUUAAACAGUCAUGCAGAGUCUCGGGAGGGAAUGUUGAAAGGUUUUAUGCAAGAUACAUUUCUUGACAUCAGUAUUUUAUUUUAAUGUUAUAAUGUAAUUAAUCAUGUUCAGAACACCUUACAGUAAAACUCUCUCUCUUUCUCUGUCUAGUAAAUUUUUAAUUGCUAAAAAGGCUUUGUAAUAUAGCAAGUGUUAGGGCACUACUGGCAAUAAAUGUCUGU